UUUAAAACUCUUUAGUGUUGCCUCAUAACUUGCCGACUUAACUUGUGGCGCUGUAACUCGUCAAAAACUUUUUUCCUUUUGCAAUUAACACACAAUGAACGAUAGUGAAGACAACGACGUAGAUGACCGCUCCUCGCUGUCUGAGGAAGAAUACGUCGCUGGAUAUCAGAUGUACGAUAUAUUUCUGAACGCUGCCAUUGCGGUUCGACUUCUCUUGGCCUUCCUGGGUGUCAUUGCUAACUGUACUGUAUGUGGUGUUCUUCUCCGACAGAAAAGAUUAACGAAGAACUUUUCGAACUUUCACCUCUUCAAUAUUGCAUUAACUGAUAUAGUUUUUAGAGUAGCUCUUACGCCAGUGCUUGCUACCAUUGAAAACACUGCUGUUGAACAUGGCAACAACGCAGUUUGCAAGCUGGGCGCGUUUUCCUCCUACACCACAUUGGCCGUAACAUUCGCGCUGCUUUUAGGAAUGGCUUUCGAUCGCUAUGUACAUAUUGUUCGUCCUAUUAAAGCAAGGAAAAUCACAUGGAAACACAGCCGAAAUGUUGUGGUGAUUUCAUGGCUGUACGCGGCACUUUGUUCAUCGCCAAUCCUGUUCAGUAUGAAAUACACUAAAUUGGAUUGGAAUCUGACGGACAGGUCAGUAUACGAGAUAUGUCUUCCCAUUUUGGGCAUUCCAUCUCAAGUUUCCUCCACUGUGUUUCUCGUGUUUGCAUUUUUAAUCCCUUUAGUUCUUAUGGCUGUGGCAUACAGCAAGGUUUUGAAAAGUCUCUGGCAGCACGCGCGAAGUAAAGUGAUCAAUUCAAAACUAGCCGAAGCAAAGGUUCGAGCCGUUAAAAUGAUGGUCAUUAUUGUAUUGGCUUAUUCCAUCAGCUGGGGUCCACAACUGAUUUGGCUUUGCCUUCAAGCUUUCGAGGUUAUUUCUCUGGAAGACGAUUAUUUCUGGGAGGGAGAAGAAAUUUCCUACGAAUCCCAAAUAGAAGCGCAGAAAUACUACAUAAAGUUACUAAUCAUUGACGAUAUCAUACAUACGUUUACAUUUACAAGUUCGAUUCUGAAUCCCGUAAUCUUUGGUUAUUACAGUAAGUCUUUUCGAGAAGAUCUCAAGAAAUGUUGUUGUGGAGGAAAGCGUUUUAACAUUUUUCAAAAAUGCAAGCACAAGGCAAAAAAACCGAAAAAAGUUGAAAAGAAAACUGAAACAGUUGAAAUAAUGAAAACUACCGAAAUUGUCUUGAUGGAAGAAGACAACACGAGAGCUGUUGGAAAUAAUAACUCGUUAGAAAACGGAGCAGUAAUUACAGAAGAUUGUCUAGAAACGAAGUUGUAAAAUGCGAAAGAUAUUGUGUUUAUGAAAAAUGUAAUUGUGCGGUCUGUUUGAAGAACGUUAACUGGCGAUCAUUGUUUAAUUUAUACCGAGCGCAGGCUGUUUAAGCCGCAGGCAGGCUUUUAAGGACAUUUUAAUUACAUUUGAAUUGUGCAUUAGUUAAAGAGGUAGGUAGCGAACACUUACCUCAGAAGUAAUC